GGACGCGCCGAAUGAUCCUUUUCUGAUCGACUCAUUUCACUAGAUAUCGAGGAAUACCAUCACUACUGGCAACGCACAUGACUCACUAGUCAGUUUGGGUGCAGCCAUGACUUACGGCACCCGGAGUCAGUGCAGAUUUUCAUUAUCCGUUCGUACAAGAGCAUUGCUGCAAAAAUUUCACGAGCGUGCACUGAAGCAUCAGCGAUUAUUUACUUGGAGCUGUUCAGAAAUGCGAUUGAGAACUCGUAUCAUUCCAGCACCUUCAUCUGCAAAUAUUAAGAUUCCAUCCUUGGACACAGCCUCUACUUUGUCUUCAGUCUUAGACAGUUAUCCGAAUCGCGAGUUGAAGUUGACUGGUGAUCCCCUCCAUCCUAACAUUGUUGGUGCAGAGCUAUCCGUUGCACCAAACAGUAGCAAUAACGGAUCCUCAUCUUCCAUCUACUCUACUGAUUCGACGGAAACCACCCUCAUUUCCGCUUGCAAAUGGGAGAAAUGCGGAGCCUUGGUUCAUCAGUCACAGCUGGUCAGUCACAUUCAGCAAACACAUGUGCUACCGCAGUUGGUUUCCAAUCGGCGCAAAUGUUUCAUUUGUUUAUGGCAGGGUUGUCGUGUAUUUCGUUUGCCCAGUGUUUCUGCGGGUUGGCUUGAAAACCACAUACUACAUCACACGGACGCUAAAGGGAAACCCUUUCGGUGUAUCUUUGAUGGCUGCAACAUGCGCUUUUCCACGUCCAUUUUGUUAGAGAGACAUGUUCAACGAGCUCACAUGCCUCUGUCACCGAAAAUUGCGCUAUCCCCGCAGCAUUCGACUCAAGUUGAACACGACGCUUCAACUUCAAAGGUUCGCGAAGUCAAUGAUCCAUCAUUAAAGGAGACAGACAAACACCUUAUUUCCCCCAACCCUAGUGCCAAAAAGAAUCUACGCAGGCGUAAAAGAGCCCGAGGUUAUCGAGUCCGUCGCGUUGACUUUUAUGAUCGCCGAACCCAAUGUGUAAUCCAUCAUCGACUUAGGCUGUGCAAGAUGUUAUGCUAUGGUGACACGAAUAAUUUGACACCGAAAUCCCACUCCAAUGUGUCUACUAAUGGUGAUGAAUCAGCCUUGUGUGCUCCACUGAUGCGAUCACCCACAAAGCCUACGCUGCGCUCAUCAGCAAGUAUCACAGCAAAAUCUCCAACACCAAGAAUUUCGCCAGAUGAAAGGCGACGACACCUGGCUUUGCUUUUGUCCAAUCCACACACGUUUGUUGGACAACGUUUAUCCGAUGACCAUCAUGUGGAGGUACUGGUUCGAUGGCUUGGCACCCAUGGACCAUGUUCUCUCUGUUAG